CAUCAAGCUAGAGAUUGCGACAACGAGAGUGAGAAAAGAGAAGGUUUUCGAGGAUUUGGUGGCCAAACGUGCCACAAUUGUGGUAAAGAGGGCCAUAUUUCCCGUGAUUGUACUGAACCAAGAAAAAGCAGACGAAAAUGCUUUAAGUGCGGGGAUGAAAAUCAUUUAUCAAAAGACUGCCCUACGGCUGGUGGAAAUGAUGAAUGGCCUCAUAAAACUGAAUCAUAUUCUUGGGGUGCACAAACCACAGACAAAUCGAUGACAGAAACAAAUUCUUGGGGUGCUCAAGCACAAACAGAAACAAACUCAUGGAAUGCGGAUAAGUCUCGAGGCAAUCCCUGGGGUUCUCAAGCCGCAGACAAAUCACAAACUGAAACAAAUACAUGGGGUGCUCAAGCCACAGACAAACCUCAAAACGAUUCCUGGGGUUCUCAAACCACUAACAAGUCAAAUACAUGGGGUGCUCAAGCCACGGACAAAUCUCAAAGCGGUUCUUGGAGUCCUCAAACCACUAACAAGCCUCAGACUGAAACAAAUUCAUGGGGUGCUCAAGCUCAGGCCACGGACAAAUCUCAAAGCGGUUCUUGGAGUCCUCAAACCACUAACAAGCCUCAGACUGAAACAAAUUCAUGGGGUGCUCAAGCUCAGGCCACGGACAAGUCUCGAGGUGAUCCCUGGGGUUCUCAAACUACAAACAAAUAUCAACCCGAAACAAAUUCAGGGAGCGCUCAAGCCACAGAUAAGUCUCAAAGCGAUCCUUGGGGUUCUCAAACCACUAACAAACCUCAAACUGAACCAAAUUCAUGGGGUGCUCAAGCCGCUGACAAGUCUCCAAACGAUUCCUGGGGUUCUCAAACGGCAGACAAAUCUCAGAUUAAAACAAAUGCUCCUUGGAGUGCUCAAGCUGCUGACAAGUCUCAAAGCGAUCCUCGGGGAUCUCAAACUGAAACAAAUUCUCCCUGGCCCGCUAAAGCAGGCAAGUCUCAAACUGAUUCUUGGGGUUUUCAAGCUACAACUAAGUCUCGAAUAAAUUCUCCUUGGGGUGUUAAAACAGAUAAACCUCAAACCGAUUCUUGGGGUUCUCAAGCUCCAAACAAGCCUCGAACAAAUUCUCAAGCUCCAAACAAGUCUCGAACAAAUUCUCCUUGGGGUGCUAAAACCGAUAAGCCUCAAACUGAUUCUUGGGGCUCUCAAACAGUUAAUAAAUCGCAGGCUGAUACAAAUUCAUCCUGGGGUGUUAAAACUAACAAGCCUCAAACUGAUUCUUGGGGUUCUCAAGCUGCCGACAAACCUCAAGCUUCCGACAAACCACAAGCUGAUACAGAUUUAGGCUUGGGUAUUAAAGUCGACAAGUCUCAAAGUGAUACUUGGGGAUCUCAAACUGCUGAUAAACCACGAGCUGAUGCAGAUUUAGGCUGGGGCGUUAAAGCUGACAAGUCACAAAAAAAUGAACCAUGGGGCUCUCAACCCACUGAUCAGUCACAACCCGAAACAAAUUCAUCCUGGGGUAAAGCUGAUAAGUCUCGAAAUGAACCAUGGGGUUCUCAAACUGCAAAUAAGUCACAACCAGAAAUAAAUUCAUCCUGGGGAGCUAAAGCUGACAAGCCUCAAAGCGAUACUUGGGGUUCUCAAACUACUGGUAGACCACGAGCUGAUACAGAUAAAUCUCAAAAUGGUCCAUGGAGUCCUCAAACUGCUGACAAGUCACAAACAGAAACAAACCCAUCUUGGGGUGCUAAAACCAAAUCUCAAAGUGAUACUUGGGGUUCUCAAGCUACUGACAAACCACGAGAUGAUACAAAUUUAGGCUGGGGUGUUAAAGCCGACAAGCCACAAAAAAAUGAACCAUGGGGAUCUCAAGCUGCUGAUAAGUCACAAACCGAACCUAAUUCAUCCUGGGGUGUUAAAGCCGAUAAAUCUCGGAGUGAUACCUGGGGUUCUCAAACUGCAGAUAAGUCACAACCUGAAACAAACUCAUCCCGGGGUGUUAAAGCUGACAAGUCUCAAACUGACCCUUGGGGUUCUCAAGCCACUAACAAGUCACAAACCGAAGCAAACACAUCCUGGGGAACUAAAUCUGACAAGUCUCAAACAGAUUCUUGGAAUUUGAACAAAACUCGAAAUGAAAUGAAUCCACCCUGGAGUGCUCAAUCCUCGGAUAAGUUUGUCGAAGAGCCACGUGGAAGAAGUAAUGAACCUAGGGAGAUCCCUAAUUGGUCAAAGGGUAAUAGUGGUUGGGUUCAAAAUUCAGAGAACAAUACCAAUUUAAAUCAACCUAAUAGUACUGUUAAACCGGAUCUAAAGAGCGAUGCUUGGUGGUGA